AUGGAUGGCAACAACUACUUCAAGAAUCAUCGUUUUGGAGAUGCCAUUGACGCUUACAGUGAGGUGUCGCUUUGUUUUGCAAUUGCACUGUGCCCUGAUGUUUCGGUGUAUUGGACCAACCGUGCUCUCUGUCAUCUUAAGCUCAAGUUAAAGGUUCCUAGUUUUAAGCUCUCAUUCCUCUUCCUUGAUAACCUCCUUGUCCUCCUCAUACUUAUCAAUGGUAUCCUCCUUGUCUCCAACCUUGAUUAA